ACGCGGUCCGCGAAAAGGCUCGGCGACCAAGCGGCUCGACCGUCUGUCCACACCCGGCUCCAGUCCCGGUGGUGCAGGCAUGGAUGGGAAGAAAUGCAGCGUGUGGAUGUUUCUGCCUCUUGUAUUUGCUUUGUUUACUUCAGCUGGGCUAUGGAUCGUAUACUUUAUUGCUGUGGAAGAUGACAAGAUUUUGCCACUAAAUUCAGCUGAAAGGAAAGUGGGGGGGAAGCAUCCACCAUACAUAAGCAUUGCAGGUGACGACCCCCCUGCCAGCUGUGUGUUCAGCCAAGUGAUGAACAUGGCAGCUUUCCUAGCCCUGGUGGUAGCCGUUCUGCGCUUCAUCCAGCUGAAGCCGAAGGUUUUGAACCCGUGGCUGAACAUUAGCGGAUUGGUGGCGCUGUGUCUGGCUUCCUUUGGAAUGACCUUACUUGGUAAUUUUCAGCUCACAAAUGAUGAGGAGAUCCAUAACGUGGGCACGUCCUUAACCUUCGGGUUUGGCACCCUGACCUGCUGGAUCCAGGCCGCGCUGACCCUCAAAGUCAACAUCAAGAACGAAGGCCGGAGGGCCGGGAUCCCUCGCGUCAUCCUGUCGGCUGUGAUCACGCUCUGUGUGGUCCUCUAUUUCAUCCUCAUGGCCCAAGACAUCGACAUGUACGCAGCCCGGGUCCAGUGGGGCCUGGUCAUGUGCUUCUUGUCUUACUUCGGCACCUUGGCUGUGGAGUUUCGGCACUACCGCUACGAGAUCGUGUGUUCCGAGUACCAGGAGAACUUCCUGAGCUUUUCAGAAAGCCUGUCUGAGGCCUCCGAGUACCAGACUGACCAGGUGUGACCCCCGUCGGGGCCACCUUGCUGAUGAGGGUGGUGCGGCCACCAGAGGGGCCCAGACACUGAACCUGGAGACACACCUCACGCACGCGUACACACACAAACAUGUCCAAGUCCACAUCUGCCAGAUGAGCUUUCCAGGAUGAGUUCUUUCUGUCCUGGCAAA